UAGGCUUCCGUACAGCGCGAAGCCCCUGCGGCCCCCACCGGACGAGCCAAUCCUUAAAAAGCCAGUGUCCUCACCACGGAGGAUCCAGGUUUCGUUUUAAAAGAUUUACCCCCAUACCCCACCCGCCAAAACGGCCUCCGAAGUUUCGCUCCUCCGCGCCUCUCCGACUCCGAUGCUGAUCCGGUUUCAGAGAAGACACUAUAAGAGAAGGAACUCCCCUGGCAGACGCCCUCAAACCCUAGAACCCUAAUCGGCGAUGAGGUCCCCGGAAGACGCGCCGGAGGAAAGCCCCCACAACCCGCUGGCGGCCGCCACGCCGCAGCGUUCAGCCGGCAGGCGGAAGGGCACGCCAAGCCAGCCGUGGCUGGUGGUAUCGGACUCCGGGAAGGAGCGCUUCGACGAGUUGGGGAAGCACUCGAUCAUGCGGCGAACGGGUAUUCCGGCGCGGGAUCUGAGGCUCUUGGACCCCCUGCUGUCCUACCCGUCGACGAUUCUGGGGAGGGAGAGGGCUAUUGUUCUCAAUCUGGAGCACAUCAAGGCCAUCAUCACGGCCACCGAGGUGCUCAUCCCCAACUUCAACGCCCCCACGGUCGCCCCUUUUGUCCACGAUCUCCAGUCCCGGCUCUCCAGUCCUUCCGGCGCUCCUCAUCUGGUUGCAGAGUCCAGGAACCAGAUAUUGUUACCCUUCGAGUUCAGAGUGCUUGAAAUCUGCCUUGAAUCCAGUUACAGGCGCCUUGAAGCCGAGGCAUUGACCUUGGAGCAAGAGGCAUAUCCAGCUUUAGAUGAAAUGACUUCAAAAAUCAGCACCCUUAACCUUGAACAUGUUAGAUCUAUCAAGAGUCGCUUGGUCGCAGUAUCAUGGCAUGUGCAAACGGUGAGGGAUGAACUAGAACAUUUACUAGAUGAUGACAAUGAUAUGGCCGAGAUGUACUUAACAAAGAAGCUUGCUCAUCAACAUAACGGUGAAUCUUCCUCAAGAGUUAAGGUUGAUAAUGAUGCAUUUCAACUGGAGGAGGACAGUAUCUCUUAUUUCAGGCAUGAAGAUUUUAAAGAUCAGAUAGAGAGUAGCCAUGGAAACUUACCUACUCUUAAGCCUAACGUUCAGGAGUUGGAGAUGCUUCUAGAAACUUACUUUGAGCAGAUGGAUGGCACUCUAAACAAAUUAUCUCGUUUGAGGGAUUAUGUAGACAUUACCGAGGAUUGUGUCAAGAUCAUGCAAGAUGAAAAACAGAAUCAAUUGCUAGAGGUGGGAGUCAUGCUCAGCAUCGGAACAGUUGUAGUCACUGCAGGUGUUGUGGUUGUGGGUAUAUUUGGUCAGAAUAUUCACAUCAAGCUCUAUGAUGUUCCAACCUAUGCCCAGUUCUGGGAGACAACUUUUGGCACCAUAGGUGUUUGUCUUAUUCUAUAUAUUCUAGCCAUUGGGUUGGCCAAGAGAAGCGGACUACUGCGAUAACCAUAUUUUUGAGGGAUAAUCAUAUAUUGCAAAGAUGGAAGAUGCUUUUCACUUGCCACCUUUGAGACCAGUUUGGAAAUCCUAGAAGUAUGAUAAACUCAGAAAAAUUAUAGACAAAUGGAGUUUAUUUGGUUCUUCUUUUCUUUUUUUUAUAUAUAUAAAUUCUUCUCUUUAUCUCAGCCCUAUGUCUGAGGGGUAUAAAUAAUUUUGUAGCCUCUAGAUAUUAGAAGAGAUCUAUUGAUCAUGUUUCUCCUAAUAUUGGGUAUAUAAAACACUUGGCGAAGGAUCGGAUUUUUUUUUGAAA